AUGGGGCAAAAGGACUCCAAGCCUUCAUAUGGAUAUGGCUACUCUUAUGAUUACGGGAGUACUUCAUCGGGAUAUAACUCGAGAAACACUGGAAAUACGUCCUCCACUUAUAGCUCGAGGUAUGCACCUUCUUCAGAGAACAAUGUACAGCCAGAAACAACCGCAAGGUUGCAGAGGAAGUAUUCCAGGAUUGGGGAUGACUAUGGUUCUUUGAGUCAGGUGACUGAAGCUUUGGCACAAGCAGGUCUUGAAUCUUCAAAUCUUAUUGUAGGCAUUGAUUUUACAAAGAGCAAUGAAUGGACAGGUAAAAUUUCCUUUAAUCGCCGCUGCCUGCAUGAUAUUGGAAACACUCCAAACCCAUAUGAGCAAGCUAUAUCUAUUAUUGGAAGGACACUUUCAGCAUUUGAUGAAGAUAAUUUGAUUCCCUGCUUCGGAUUUGGUGACGCAUCAACUCAUGAUCAGGAGGUAUUCAGCUUUUACCCAGAGAACCACCCAUGCAACGGAUUUGAAGAUGCACUAGACAGAUACAGAGAAAUUGUUCCAACUCUUCGAUUAGCAGGACCUACAUCUUUCGCUCCAAUAAUUGAGACAGCAAUUGGAAUUGUUGACAGCACUGGUGGUCAAUAUCAUGUUCUUCUGAUAAUCGCGGAUGGACAGGUUACCCGAAGUGUCGAUACACAAUCUGGACAAUUAAGUCCACAGGAGCGGGACACUAUUGAUGCAAUAGUAAGAGCAAGCCAGUUCCCCUUGUCAAUUGUUCUUGUCGGGGUUGGUGAUGGACCAUGGGACAUGAUGCACCAGUUUGAUGACAAUAUACCUGCUCGGUCAUUUGACAAUUUCCAGUUUGUGAAUUUCACGGAGAUUAUGUCAAAGAGCAUAGCAGCUGACAGAAAGGAGGCAGAAUUUGCAUUGUCAGCGCUGAUGGAAAUCCCUACACAGUACAAAGCAACACUUGAUCUCCAACUCUUAGGCCGCCGCCAAAGAAUAACUCCAAGAAUUGCUCUGCCACCACCAACAAGGACUGCUUAUUCACGGUCUACUAGCUUUAGCCAACAGUCUGGUGUUUAUUCGCGAUCAAGUAGCUUUGACCAACAGACAAGUGGCUUUCAACAACGUUCGGAGAGCUUGAAACAGCAGCAGCCUGCAGCCCCAAAGAGACCUGACACUUAUGCAUCAGAAAGAGCUUUAGAGGACAGAAUUAUGUGCCCCAUCUGCAUGUAUAAAUCGAAGGACCUUGCAUUUGGAUGUGGACAUCAGACUUGCUAUGAAUGCGGGGAAAAUUUGGAGCGCUGCCCUCUAUGCCAGCAGCACAUAACCACAAGGAUCAGGCUCUACUGA